AUGUAUCAAGUACGAAGAGGGCUUCAAAGUGACAUCUACAGUUCAGUGGGGCCGAUGGAGAUCAGGACUUUCUCCGAGUUAGUUAACAAAAGCAGAGUUGCCGAAGAGUGUGUGAGGAAGGCAGCUGCAGAAAGAGGAAGCCUGAGGGGAUCAUUCCCACUCAGCCGAGGGAAGAGUUUUGCUCCUAAAGGUCCGCCCUUCAAGCGGGGAGAUUUUGCACCACAGAGGACUCAGGGUCAGAAUAACUUCAGAAGGUGUGGGAGUUACCAUCUUGGUGCUCCAUGCAAGGCCGGUUGGGAUCUAUGUUACUCAUGUGGGAAGCCGGGGCACCGAGCCUCCAAUUGUUCAGAGAAGCAGAAACAAGGUACCAGGAGACCACAGCAGCCUGGACGGGUGUUUAUUACUUCAGCUAUAGGGGCCGAGGGGUCCGAGACACUUAUCCGAGGUAAAUGUGAAAUAGCGGGUCAAGUUUUAAAUGCCUUGUUUGAUUUUGGAGUAUCACAUUCAUUCAUUGCAUUUGAGAAGGCUAGUGAGUUAGAGUUGAAGAUCGUAACGUUAGGUUAUGACCUGAAGGUGUAUAAUGCCACCCAUGAAGCCAUGGUAACUAGGCUUGGAUGUCCGCAAUUUUCCUUUAGGGUCAAGCAGCGUGACUUUGUACACAAUCUAGUCUGUUUGCCGAUGGUAGGUCUUGAUCUUAUCUUGGGGUUGGACUGGUUGUCCAAGAACCACGUUCUACUCGACUGUUCCACGAAAUCAGUGUACUUCAUGUCAGAAGAUACGGAAGGGCUGGUCGUGGUAAAUAACUAUUACUUGAAUUCCAUGAUAGUGAAUUGUUUUGGGGCUGAAUGUCAAGGCAUUCUGUUGUUAACCGUGGGCGUCUCGGGUGAUGAUCAAAACUUAGAGCAGAUUCCGGUUGUAUGUGAGUUUUCUGAAGUAUUUCCCGAUGACAUCGCGGAAUUUUCGACUCAUCGAGAGGUUGAAUUUGCGAUCGAAUUGGUGCCGAAAAUAGGGCCAAUCUCGAUUGCUCCUUUUAGGAUGUCUCCACUAGAGAUGGCCGAGCUGAAAUCUCAACUCGAGGAUCUUCUGGUGUUUAUGGAUUAUAUGAAUAGGAUCUUCCGUCUGUUUCUGGAUAAAUUUGUUGUUGUCUUCAUUGAUGACAUACUGGUUUAUUCCAAGAAUGAGGAUCAUGCGGAACACUUGAGGACCGUGUUGCAGAUACUAAAAGAGAAGAAAUUCUAUGCGAAACUAUCUAAAUACGAGUUCUGGAAAUGUGAGGUGAAGUUCUUGGGUCACAUAGUGAGUAAAAAGGGUAUAUCAGUAUAUCCUGCUAAAGUGGAAGCAGUGAUGGAGUGGAAGCGACCGACCUCAGUUACCGAGAUAAGGAGUUUUCUGGGUUUAGCCGGCUACUAUCGGAGAUUCAUCAAAAGAUUCUAA